CCGAGCUACAACUGCCCCAAUGUUUUUAACUUGGCCCGGUUACUAAUAUACCUAUUGCAUAUCAUAGGCUAUCAUAAUUUGCUAGGCCUCGCGACUUGCAUUCGAAUGAAUUCAUUAGCGUGGUGAAACGUGGCAGACAUGAAAAGUGACCCAUUUUGGCUACAAAUGCGUAAUCACAAUUACAUACAGUAUACAAUAUUCAAUGGGCAAGCGUUAGACCUGCUUUUCGAUUCGGGCUUCAGUACUACGUCGAACGCCAUCGCGCACUUAACUCAAUUACAUAUAGUUUUCGAUUCCGAUUUCGAUUCCGCUUUGGAUCAACGACAUGCUGGUCGGGAUUAUACUAGCCAGCUGGCUGAUAAUAAUAUGGAUAUAUUUUCUAUGGAGUCGCAGGCGAUAUUAUAAGAUUGCUUGGCAACUAAGAGGACCGAUUGGUCUGCCCUUCAUUGGCUUAGGAUUGCAAAUGAUGAAUCCGCAGACAUUCUUAAAUUAUAUGGCUGGUCUCUCCCACAAGUAUAAAGCUCCAUUCAUCUCCUGGAUGGGCACCAAAUGUUUUCUUUACGUCAACGAUCCGCAGACUGUGGAACAGAUCUUUAAUUCAUCGCAUUGUACAAACAAAGGCGACUUCUAUCGCUUUAUGAGUUCAGCCAUUGGCGAUGGUCUCUUUACAUCCAGCUCUCCUCGUUGGCAGAAGCAUCGUCGCCUUAUUAAUCCGGCGUUUAGUCGUCAGAUACUUUGCAAUUUUUUACCCAUUUUCAAUGCUGAGUCUGAGGUGUUGUUGGACAAGUUACAGAUGGAAGGUGUGCAGAACGGCAAAAGCCUCGAGAUCUAUCAAAUUCUGAAGAAAAUCGUUCUAGAGGCCGCCUGUCAAACAACAAUGGGCAAGAAAAUGAAUUUUCAGCAUGAUGGUUCCAUGGCCAUUUUUGAGGCAUACAAUGGCGUAACCGAAGUGUGUGUGAAGCGAAUGUUAUCCCCUUGGCUUUACCCGGAGUUCAUCUAUCGCUGGUCGCGACUCUUUGACCGUCAGCAGAAAGUCGUUGGUGUCCUGAUUGGAUUUGUUGAGCAGGUAUAUCGGAUUAGCUUACUCUCUACAGUUCUUGCUUUUAUUCACAUAAAUUGGCAGCUGUUACAGCCUGCCGUCUCCGUUGUGGGCGUCGACGACUGGGACGCGAACAUGCCUCUGGAACAGCAUCACUAUCAGAAGCAACACGAACAGCAGCAGCAACAUCAGUUGGGCACGAAGUCAAAGUCAAUAUUCAUUGAACAAGUGCGAGACCAUGUGGAACGUGGACAGCAAAUGAGCUGGCAGGAUGUUCGUGAUGAGGCCAACGUAAUUAUUGCAGCGACUUUUGAGACAACAUCAACAGCCUUGUACUUUACCAUUUUAUGCCUGGCUAUGCAUCCAGAUUAUCAAGACAAAGUCCAUGACGAGCUUCGAGCCGAGCUGCCUCAGUCUGGUGAUAUUACAAUGGAUCAGCUGGAGCGUCUUACCUAUACUGAGAUGGCCAUUAACGAGUCGAUGCGUCUAUUUGCGCCUGUUCCGAUGGUCUUACGACGAGCUGGACAGGAUUUGCAGUUGCGUCGGGAGGAUGGCAAUUAUGUGAUACCAAUGGGAACACAGAUUGGCAUCGAUAUCUACAACAUGCAACGAGAUGUACGAGUAUGGGGUCCAUUGGCCGAGACGUAUAAUCCAGAGGCGCACUUUGGCUGCAAUUCAGCUACGCGACAUGCAUUUGCCUUUGUGCCUUUCACCAAAGGUCUGCGCAUGUGCAUAGGCUAUCGUUAUGCCCUAAUGCUAAUGAAGUUGCUGCUGGCCAAGAUCUUUCGCAGCUAUCGCAUCAGCACGGAUGCAAGGUUGGAGCAUUUGCUUGUCAAGGGGAACAUAUCGUUGAAGCUCAAGGAAUACCCUCUGUGCCGGGUGGGGCGGAGGUAAUCAAUUUUGACCUUAGCAACACUUGACCGAAGCCAGACUCACCUGAGUGGUACUUCAUCAAAUUGCUUCGGCUUGUUGCAAUUUUCUAAUUAAAAAUGUAAUUUUUCUGCCCUUUUUCUCUGUCGUUAAUUGAAUUUGUCGAAACUUGGACAAUAAUUCACUUUCGUUGAGAGCUUCGUUAGCACCCGCCAUCGCUCCUGCUGACGAAAAUGAAUCCCUAGUUUGCUCUAAUGGCCAGUUAUGAUAGCUCGACACUCUGCGUAUACGUAAUGUAACGCAAUUGACUUAAUUGCAUUGCAACACCGCCUAGCUAUACCAUGGAAGUGUGUACGUUUUCACAUUGAAAAGUAAUCAAGAAAUUGUGUAUAUAUUCUAAACUUUGUUUGCCUUUCACAAUUUAAAACAACAACACAACAGAAACGUAUACUCGUACGUAUACAUAAUACAUAAUAAUUAGCACUCGCUUUAAUAGCU